UUGCUUUAUAUCACGCCGCAUGUAUUGUUAACAGUUUUUUGCUUGAGGUUCAAUUCGUUGUUACGUAAAACCGCAAAAAGGCAUCUCUGUCUUGGGCGACGUCGUGGAGUGUUCUAUCCUUUUUUCUUCAUACCUAUGUUCGAUCCUCUCAAUUCGGCCAGCGCCUUUGGAGGUAGCAGCGUCGAAGCUCCCCCAUGGCCCACUACUCCUCACCCGAACUCUCCUAUACCCAAUUUACGACGGGCAUCGACGCCUGUACCACCGACGCCUGAUAAAGGGCCUAGUCCUGGGCUGUACGGGAAGGAACCUCAGAUAUACGGACAGCCAGAAGCUGGACUUAUCUCUCCUCGGGAUACAGUAGGCUCCAAUGGUACCAAGUACGAGAAACCGGAACCAUACCUUCGAGUGCGGAUUACCGGGUUGGACAGAAACCGAAGGGAUAUUCUGAUACGAUUAGAUGCACAGGCGAACCUGUCGAAUUUCACUGGGACGACCUAUCGCAACGUGUCGCGCUCGUACCUCGAAUUCCAACAGUUCUAUGAAUCUAUUGUGCAUAGCAACCCUCAGACCAUCGUUCCUGCUCUUCCAUUGGCGCAAACAUCUGCCCCGACGGACGAAGAGGAUGAUAGACUGGUGAGGAUCAUGCUGCAGAGGUGGAUAACCCGGGUGUGUGAGGAUCCUAUUCUUUUGCACGACGAAGACCUUCGCUCUUUCAUUGAGAGUGACUUUGGUUAUCAGCCAACUCCACGGCCACGCCGGAAGACGUCUAGCGGGUUUGGGCUGAUAAGGCGUGGUGUGCCAGAUGAGGAUGAAGAGCUGCAGAGGGCCCGUUUCGAGUUGACGAAACUGGAGGGGCAGUUUUUCGAUACUGCGAAGGCUGUGGACAAGUUAGCUAUGGCUCGGAAAUCUCUUGCUAAUGCACAUUCGGAAAUGGGCCACAAACUUAUUAAUGUUGCUACUACGGAAGCUCAUCCGCCGUUGGGAAAUGCCCUGCGAAAGCUUGGGAGAACGUGGCACAGUCUUUCCGAUCUUGACCAGGCUCAAGCACUUAGUGAAUGCGUUAUUCUGGGUGACUCGUUAGGCUAUCAAGGAAUGAAUGCCCGUUCGGCAAAGGAGACGUUGCAAAUGCGAACAGGUGUGCUCGAGGAAUAUCAAGCUGCUGUUAAGACUACUAUUUCGAAGAGGCGACAAAUUGAACGGCUCAAAGCUAGCUCUAAUAUCCGUCCUGAUCGUGUUGACGAAGCUCUGGAAGAGAUUGAAGAGGCAAACAAAUACGAGCAAGUGUUGGCUAAGAGAGCCGAGGGUAUCUCACAGAACCUACAUCGAGCACUCCAGACACACAACCGCUACGCUAACGACGAUAUCACGACUGCCUUAAUCGAGCAUGCUCGGUCAUCAAUCAUGUACGAAAGGCAGCUUCUGAAGGAACUGCAAGCUUUGUGUGGGGAUGUCAAUAACGCUGCGAAGAAGGUGGCUCCGAGCGCCGCACCCGCACCCAGACCAACGGUAAUACCACCACUGGAAGACUUCUCGAGGCCGCCUAUGCCGCGCGCUCUUGCUCCCGACCCUGCUCCUGGCAUCAACGGAGUUCAUCAACAUCCCACUGUUCGUACUCCUCCACCGUCGAACCAACCUGUCGCGUCACGUAAUGGAGAUCCCUUGCUUGCGCAGGGUCCAUCACCACAGUCGUCGCCAUCCUUGCAGAGUCCAGUGCCUUCUUCGUCUCAAUUCUACACACAUCGUCCCUUGUCCCCUUCAUCAACUCAGGCCAGCAUCAUAUCCCGCCUCGCUUCAUCUUCAGCUGGACCGUCGUCCCCCAGGCCGCCGCAAUCCCCCGGUGCCGGGCCGUCCUCGCCGUCGCUUUCUUCUGAAGCAGCCGCGUCUCCAAAACAACCUAUCGAUGAUAGUCCGCCUCUUGGUGGGCGUUUUGUCGAUGGAACCAAAUCGAUGUUUGUCAAGUCUACGUCGUCGUCGAUAUCUCCUCUUGCAUCACCGCCAAUCGCCUCGUCAUUUUCGAACGUUAGUUCGAAUCCACCAAGGAUGUCUGUAGAUCCGCUGUUAAGCCACGGUGGUUCCCUGAACCGACCCACGGAGCGACAUGUCAACAGUAAUGGUCUUGACCCUCUCGGUCAAGCCAGGCCCGGGUACAUGUCCGCUUCAGUCCGCGUGCAGCCGACGCGCCCGCGAUUGGAUGCACGAGAAGCCGCUAGCAAGCUUGCCAACAUGUUCUAAUGUCGAACUAUUUUUUGCCAUGUACGGAAGAACAGUCACAUAAUCGAUAUCCUAUUUCUAUGCCUCUACUUUAUGCCAUGUUGUUUUUCACCUUUUUCGGUUUACUCAUUAAUGGAUUCUCGUAGAUUGUACAAAUGAUCAUCAUCAAGUUCCCUUAGUGGUCACUUUCAGUACAUUAUUGAACAUUGAAGACCAUCGUCGAUUCUCG